AUGUUUCGUAACAAAUACCAGCAAGGACUUUUGUCCAUUUUGUACAGCUGCGGUGCGACCCCCUUGGAAUUAUGGGACAUGCACGUGAAAAAUGGUUACAUUCGAAGGGUCACAGACGAAGAAGUAAAAUCAUUGGCUCUAGAGAUAGCUGGUACAAAUGUCACCACAACCUACAUAUUCUGUCCAAAGGAGGCGAAACAGGUUCUUGGUAUCAAGCUUCCUUUUCUUAUCAUGAUCAUCAAGAACAUGAAGAAAUACUUCACGUUCGAGAUUACAAUAUUGGACGACAAAAACAUGCACAGAAGAUUCCGAAUGAGUAAUUUUCAAAGCACCACUCGAGUUCGACCCUUCUGCACAUCGAUGCCGAUCGGUUUGUCCGGAGGGUGGAAUCAGGUUCAAUUUAAUCUGUCAGAUUUCACACGAAGAGCGUACGGCACUAAUUACAUUGAGACCACACGCGUACAAAUACACGCGAACUGCAGGAUCCGACGUAUUUACUUUGCGGACAGACUUUAUUCGGAAGACGAGUUGCCGGAAGAUUUUAGGCUUUUCUUGCCUAUCCAUCGGAAGAAAUGUGUCCGCGAAAAGAAGGUGGAGAAACCGAAGGACAAAGAUCUAGAAAAAGUAGAAGUUGUGGAACCACCAGCUUUCGAAACGGCUGGCAUGCCUGAAGAUGAUGAAGAAGGUGAAAAAGGUUUGCCAGAAGAAUCGGAAGCCGAAUCCGAAGAUGUUCCCUCGGAACAGGAACAGAAGAAAGAUCAACCCGAAGAGAAAGACGAUGAUGACGAAGAGGAAGACGAAGGUGAAGCUUUGGGAGCAGAUGAUUACGAAGGUGAAGAUGAAGAACCUGCCGAGGAUGAUAUCGAAAUACAUGCAACUGCUGAUUUAACUUCUCCAGAAGAUGCCUCAGAAGAGGAAUCCGAAGAAGAGUAUGAAAUUCGACAGCAGAUGUGA